UGAAUCCUCUAAUCGAACCCUAAAAUGCAAAGAGAGUGGGAAGCGAAAACGAAGGUGAAAAAUGGAGGAGGGCUCGCGAGAGAAGCAGCCAAUGGAAACCGAAGAAGCACCAGAUAAUCACGCCGAAUUCGUUUCUAGUGAUGAUGAGAUAGACUACUCCGUCAAACCCGAGUUCUAUGAUCCAAAUAUUGAUGAUAUCGACGAAAAAUGGGCUCAUAAACAACGAAAAGGCCGGAGCUCCGAUGCUAUUCUUAGCUGCCCUGCGUGUUUCACCACCCUAUGCUUGGAUUGUCAGAGGCACGAGAAAUACGUGACGCAGUACAGGGCCAUGUUUGUUCGCAACUGCAAGGUUAGGACCGACCAGAUACUGCGUCCUGCGAAACGAAAAGGAAAGAAGUCGAAAGCCCGUAGUGACUCUGGUAAGCCCGAGGAAGAGGUAUUCCGGCCGGUAUGCUGUUCAGUUUGCUCAACUGAGGUCGGGGUCCUCGACGAAGAGGAGGUCUACCAUUUCUUCAAUGUCAUCCCUAGUAACUCCUGAAGCCGUCUUUUUUUGGUUUUGGUAUCAAAUUGUAGGUUCUAGAUAUCUCUCUCAGGUUAUGUCUUUUGCUUAUGUCUUGUGCAUCUAAGUUUUUUCAUCCAAAGACCAGAAGCUUAUGUAUGAUGUACUGGAUUAACUUCGAAAAAUGGUUCUGUAAUAUAGUGCAUUAGACAUUAGUGCUGUUCCAGCUCUCAUGAGAAUCUUUCCAGUAAGAGUUAUUUUGCUUUCAUAAGAUCAAAGUUGUUACAAAAAAAUGGGUAGAAAUAAGAAACUGGUGGUUGAGUUCAA